CUUGUCUCUCAUUGAACCCCUACCUCAUCACAAAUUUUCUGGAAUAUUGAUCGUUCUGAUCAUCAUUGGCAAUCCUUAAAUCCGAAAAUACAAGAUCUUCAAAAUAAUCGCAUCCGCUUUCCCAUCUAAGUCCUCCUCGUCGAUGACACGUACACGCUCAUUUCCAUAACAUCCACUUCUUUGUUCACGAAUAAAUCAGAAUGAGUGCAACUUCCACCGCUUCAGCUAUGCCAAAUUCUUCCAUGCCAGGUGGCAGUGCUACACAAUCAGGUCCUCCUUAUUUAUGUCCAACAUGUCAAACAACAUACUCACGAUUAGAAUAUUUACGAAGACAUGAACGUAGACAUGCCGAUAUCCGUCCUUUCGUUUGUGAUUGUGGAAAAGGAUUCUCUCGUAGUGACGUCCUUUCUCGUCACAAGAGACAAUGUGCGGUUCAUCUGAACGGAGGAUCGGCAGAUGGGGACACAAGCAUAGCAAGUAACGGAGGUAGUUCAGGGAGAGCAAACAACGGCGUAGGCAGACGAGCAUCCAGUGGCAGACAAAAUAGUAGAAAAUCAUCUACAAAUGGAACGACAACAGCAAGAGCCAACGGUAGAAAGAGUGCCGCAACGGCAUCUGGAGAACGAUCUGAUUCUCUACAAAACACGCCUGAUGAUGAUGACGAUGAUUCACCGCAAGUCAACCAGCAACACCAACAGCAAUCCCAACCGCCUCAUCAUCUUCCGAUGUCCUUCCCUGGAGCAAGUCAACCACAUCCUGCUUCCAAUAUGACCAAUAUCGGAAACUCAUUCCCUUUCCCGCCUCAACCGGGUGUCCAACUUGGCACAUCCGCUCCGCCUCCACUCCUUCCUCCAGCCCCGUACGGAACAGAUGCAAAUGGAAUGAUUUUGCCAAACGUAUCAAGCAAUCAACCUUUCCCGGGUAUGAUGCCUCCUCAUCUUUCCAAUUUCACAAAUAUUGUUAAUCCACAACAUCAUUAUCCUUCCAGUCCUGAAUCCAACGGCACAAUGUCACAACAUAGCAGUCCACGCUUUUCAUCCCGUGAUAUGGCACGUCAUGGAAGUAAUGGUUCACGUUUCUCGCUUCGUAAAGGAGGUUCUUUCGAUCAUAUCGGUCCUCGUUCAGGUGUAGCGGGAAGUGGAAUGACAGGAACAACACCUAAUCAAUAUGCGCCCGAAUUUUGGGACGCUCUCGAUCCUGCUGCCAAGAAUAACGCAAAUGAUUAUGUUAGCGCAGGAGGAUCAGGUCAAGCACCUCUCAGUUUGGCGGAUACUGCAUCGGGCAUGACAUUGCCCGUUUCUGGAGGAUUGAACGGUGUAACUACACCAAGAGGAGAACCACAACGGUUUGCCGUUUCAACUGGUCCUCUUUCGCCUUUUUCGAGUAUCGCAUUGAGUUCAACAAUGUCACCGUAUCUCUCUGCCUUCUCCAAUGCUCGCGAUACACCUUUUGUUGCAAGUCCAAGUAGAGGAAUCAUUCCUGGUACUCCUGGAGCAAGUUUGAAUGUAUUUGACUGGACAAUGCGACCGCCCAGCAAGCCUGCCAGUUCUUCGAUGAGUAAACGUGAUAGCAUCAGCCAACAAGGUCAAUCAGGAUCGGCAAUAGAAAGAAGUCAAUCUGCACAAGGUGGUGCCAAUGAAGCAAAACGUGGAUCUUCUCCAUCUCCUGCAGCAGCGGCAGCAGCCGGUACGGAUGGAAAGAGAAAGCGAGAAGAUGACGAAGAAGGAAGAAAGAUAGCCAAAGUAGAAGAUGAAGUGGGAGAUGAAGUCAAGAAGGAAGAAGGAGAUGCAGAAGGUGAAGGGUUAAGUAGAGAAGAAAAGGAACCUUCUCACGAUGAAGAUCAGAGGACUGCGGCUGAGUUACUGGACUCUCUGCGUAAUGCCGGCUCUCGUUCUUCGCAGGCUACGUUCUCCGAUGCAGGCAAUGUAUCUGUCACCAGUGCUUCUUCUGAUCAACAAGCCGCACUUUCGACUGUAUCAACAGGUGAAGCGGCAAUGGCUGUGCCUGCACCAGCGCCACCGGUUUCGAUUCAAUCACCACCUACUGAAGCUCAACCUACAACUUCAACAGCAACCUCUGUUACGACAACAUCCUAAUGUAUUGUUUUAUAGUGUUCCGUUUUCUUUUCUCUUUCUUUUCAAAAAAGUAAGGACAUUCUAGAGAAUGAUCCCCCGCCGCCUUUGUUUCGAUGUGUUUUCCUAAUCGUAAUCAUACAUGUGUUCUUUUUGGUGUUCUCAUACGUAAAGGUUGAUUCCUACUUUAUCAUUCACACACAAGUUCUUCGCAAUGAAUCAUGG